ACGAUGAUAAAGUUUUGUCAUAGAAAAAAUUUUAAGCGGAAUAAUGAUCACCAACAGUUUCAACGUUAAUAAUAAGAUAUGAGGAUAACAACAAUAACUCUUGGGGUUUUUAUGUCGAUGGUUUUGCUUGCAAUCUUUUUUGCUCAUGUGGUUAAUUUAUUAAGCACUUCUGGAGCACCUCAAGAAUCAAAUAAAUCCAGUUUUAUAAAUGUAACAGAUUCACCUGAUCAUAUAUUAUGGUUUUUGCAAAUAUCGGAUAUACACCUAAGUAACUUUAAGGAUCAUAAUAGAAUAACUGAAUUUAGAGAAUUCUGUGAUUUAACUGUAGGAGCGAUACAACCCAGUGUAGUUCUAGCCUCUGGGGAUUUGACUGAUGCUAAAACCAAAGACGCCAUUGGUUCACAACAACAUGAAACUGAAUGGAAAUAUUACAGGGAUAUCUUGAAAGAAACGCGAAUGAAAGAUCGGACGCUCUGGCUAGAUAUACGAGGAAAUCAUGAUAAUUUCAACGUGGCAGAGUUGUCUUCCAAGCAUAAUUAUUUUACAAAUUAUUCAAUGCAAGGAAAAGUACAUCCAAGAUCGUACAUGUACCAAGUAAAAAAGGCAAAUGCAGUAUAUACAUUUAUUGGAAUCGAUGCAUGUUUGGAACCAGGUCCAAAAAGGCCCUUUAAUUUUAUAGGCUUACUUGAUGAUGUAGAAAUAAACGAAAUCAAUGCUCUUAUUGAUAAAACUGAAGCCAGUCCUAACAACUAUACAAUAUAUUUCGGACAUUUUCCUACCUCUUGCAUAGUAUCCACUUCUGACGACAAUGUUAGAGAUAUACUUGGCAGACACAAACAAGGAUUGGUUUAUGUAUGUGGUCAUUUACAUAAACUUGGCGGACUGGUUCCACAAAUGUACACGUUACAGAAAGCAGGAUUUCUGGAACUUGAACUCGGAGAUUGGAUGGACAAUAGAGUGUAUAGAUUGUUGGCAAUUGACCAUGGACUUUUAUCUUUUAAGGACAUAAAUCAUAGAAGUUGGCCUAUAGUUUUAAUAACAAAUCCUAAACAUGCACUUUUUAUGAAUCCAAAUAGGGAAAAUAUAGAAGUUAUAAAAAAUUCUACACACAUUAGAAUUUUAGCAUUUUCGUUAGCGACAAUAGAUUUUGUAAAGGUAAAAAUAAACAAAGAAGACUGGAUGCAUUGCAAACGAGUAAAAGGUCCAUUAUUUGUUGCUCCCUGGAAUCCACAGAAAUAUUUACAUGGCCUACAUUACAUUGAGGUUUACGUAAAAGAUGCUGAAGGCAGGGUUCAUUCAGAAAGUCAACCAUUUUCCUUAGAUGGGACAGAAUUAUCGUUUGGAAUAUUACCGAAAUUGGCUCUUAUGACUAAUGCUAGUCUAGUAUUUAAACUAUUUUUCUUCGUGAUCUUGUUCCUGACUACUUUGCCUAUUUUUGUGAUUAAAUACAUACAUUUUCUGGUAUCAGCUGGAAGACUGGUCAAACCAAAGCCACGAAAAUCGUGUUGGUUUAAUUUGUUUAAGAAAAUAUGGAUUCUCUCCACGGUGGAUAGGAUCUUUUGGCCUAUCGUUGUAUACCCCAUUUACUUAGCUGUCGGACCUUGGACAGUAGGAUAUUUGGUGGAAGAUCAUAUUGGUGCUAUUUUCGCAUGGGGUAUUAUAGUUCAUAACAGCUAUUUACCUGGAGCGUUUACAUAUGCGUAUGGUUUCUUACAGCUAUUGUUGUUUCAUCUUCCGUUAAUAUUCAUAUUAGCGAAUGCAGUGUUCUUUAGAUUUCAAGAAGUAACACUUAAAGUAGGAAAGAAGCAAUCGAUAAGAAGUCGAAUAUGUCGGCAUUUGCCUUUUACUGUAAUAUUUGUGAUUCAAGUGAUAACGGCGUACCUCUUUUGGUUGGCCUAUGGUACGUUAGCAUUUUUAUUGGGACCUUUAAGGACGUGGUCCUUGAUCUUAGCCGGAGUUUUGUAUUAUCAUGCUAUGCGUCUUCCAGAGGAAUGCACAAGGAAAGCCGCCGAGAUUUGGUACGUGCCAUCAAAUACUAGUCUUAAUGAAACUAACGAAGAACUUUCCCCAAUUCAAAAAUCUAACUGAGCAUAAGAAUACUUAUAUAUUAUAUUUAGAUAAAUAUAUAGGUCAAAAUAUUGACGUUAAAAUAUCAUCACCAAAGAAUUUCAAUAGCCUAUACCAAAUAUAUUUUUGAAACAUUUACGAAAUUUUAAUUAACAAGUUAUUUAAUUUAUUUUAUUUUUAAUUAAGUUUAUUUUUAAUAAUUUUUCAUUA